AUAUUUUUUGGUUUAAUAGUAUAGAAAAACAGACUUAUAAGGAUUUAAAUUUGAAAAAAAUGACUUAUAAUUUUUAGAAUAAUCAUAUAAAUACAUUCAUAAAUACAUUUUGUUUUACUGUGGAACAAAUAUUAUGGCUGAUACGGACAGUACAGUAACCUCACUAGAUGAAAAUACUGAAGAAAAUUUUUGUGAUAAUCCAACUAGAGAUAUAUUAGCGGAAGGAAUUAUCUCAGUGUUUAAACCCACUGUUGACAAAUUAGAUGAAAGAAUUACGUCUUUGAGAGCCGUGCAACGUGACCUCACUGAACAACUAAAUCAACUUGAUGAUACUUUGGAUAAAAUUGAAGAUAUACAGCAACAAUUUCCUGAUUUAAAUUUGAAAGCAAGAAAAAUUAACGGAAUAAAAACUAAAGUUACCGUAAUUGCCAAUAUUCUACAAUCUAGCCAGGAAAGAUUGGAACGGUUACAUCAGUUGGUUGAUUCCCACAAAUAUCACCAAAGUUUGACAGUACAACCUUCGGUUGAAGCUAUCGGUGAUUAA